AACAUACGAUUGCAUUUCCUGUUUUCAUCAACACACACGUGUGUGACUGUGUGGACAACGUCUUCAGAACCCGUUCAGACCCGGACAUCGGACCACCAUGUUGGAGCAGCUCGGUCUGAUCGGGACGAUCCGGGACGAGGAUUCGAGUCCCGACGAGGCGGAGACCGAAUCCGAGCAAGAGGAGGAGCCGAUCGUGCUGAAGAAGAAGAAGAAGAGUCGCGGGUCGAGAGAUUUUAACUGUGACUUUGAGUUUGGAGAGAGAGACGGGCCGAGCCACGACGAUGACUGGGCGAUGGCCGAUGUCAUGAAGCAGCUCAAGAAGAAGAGAACCUUGACAACUCUGGACCAGAAAAUAGAGAAAAUCCGCCGAAAGAGGAAAGCUGAGGAGAAAUCAUCUCAGAGUGACGCUGCUGAAGCUUCAUCAGAAAACCACCAGGAGGAGGAGGAGGAGGAUGUGAAACCUCCAGCUGGAGAGGUAGCUGCUACUGAUGAAGACGAUGAUGAGGACGAAAAUGAGGAGUUUGGAUCGAGCGACGAGGAAAUUUUGACCAAAUCAGACACGCUCAGAGACAAGGAACGACGGGGGAAGAAGAGGAAGGUGGCAGAGGAGGCAGCAGAGUCGUUCUAUGAAGACGCGUCGCAGUACGAUGACCAACUGACUUUCGACGACAUGAAUCUGUCCAGGCCGAUUUUGAAGGCCAUCACUGCUCUGGGCUUUAAGCAGCCCACUCCGAUCCAGAAGGCCUGCGUCCCUGUCGGUCUGCUGGGCAAAGACCUCUGUGCCUGUGCUGCUACUGGGACAGGGAAGACAGCAGCCUUCAUGUUGCCUGUGCUGGAGCGAUUGGUUUAUAAGCCCAGGACAUCCCAGGUGACCCGCGUCUUGGUUCUGGUUCCCACCAGAGAGCUGGGGAUCCAGGUUCACUCUGUUGCCCGUCAACUCGCCCAGUUCACGUCUAUCACCACCUGCCUGGCUGUUGGUGGGUUGGACUUGAAGUCUCAGGAGGCAGCGUUGCGGGCUGGCCCGGACAUCCUAAUAGCGACACCUGGUCGGCUGAUCGAUCACCUUCACAACACGCCGAGCUUUGAGCUGACGCACAUUGAGAUCCUGAUCCUGGACGAGGCCGACAGGAUGCUCGAUGAAUACUUCGAGGAGCAGAUGAAAGAGAUCAUCAGGUUGUGUUCCUACAACAGACAGACCAUGCUGUUCUCUGCGACCAUGACAGAGGAGGUGAAAGACUUGGCAGCGGUGUCAUUGAAGCAGCCAGUCAGGAUCUUUGUUAACAGCAACACUGACGUGGCGCCGUUCCUGCGGCAGGAGUUUGUCCGAAUCCGACCUCACAGAGAAGGAGAUCGUGAGGCCGUGGUGGCUGCUCUGCUGACUCGGACGUUCCAGGAUCACGUCAUGUUGUUCACUCAGACGCGGAAACAGGCCCACAGACUGCAUAUCUUGUUGGGACUAAUGGGAUUGAAGGUUGGAGAACUGCAUGGAGAACUGAGUCAGAACCAACGACUAGAGAACCUCAGGCGUUUCAAAGAUGAACAGAUUGAUAUCUUGGUGGCGACAGAUGUGGCAGCCAGAGGUUUGGACAUCGAUGGAGUCAAAACAGUGAUAAACUUCACCAUGCCUGGCACGGUGAAGCAUUACGUGCACCGCGUGGGGCGGACUGCGAGAGCGGGGCGAUCGGGGCGUUCAGUGUCUCUCGUCGGAGAGUCCGAGAGGAAGAUGCUGAAAGAGGUCGUGAAGUCAGCCAAGAGCACCGUGAAGGCUCGCAUUCUGCCGCCAGAAGUCAUCCUGAAAUUUAGAGACCUGAUCUCCAAACUGGAGAAAGACGUGGAAGCUGUGAUGAAGCUGGAGAGAGAGGAACGAGAGCUGGCUGCGUCUGAGGCCAAGCUGAGUGUGGCUCAGAAGCGUCUCACUGACUCCGCCUCCUCUGAUCAGUCACAGCGGGUUUGGUUUCAGACCCAACAGGAAAGGAAACAGAGCCGCAUGUCAAAGGCCCUGCAGGAGUUCGAUCUUGCCAUUAGAGGGAAGAAGAAGAGAGAGAAGUUCCUGAAGGACGGCAGGAAAAAGGAGCUGACGUCUGAGGAACGUGCUCAGUUUGAGAUUUUGAAGGCCCAGAUGUUUGCUGAGCGAGCAGCCAAAAGAGAGCGCCGACCGAAGAGGGCGAGGGCGAUGCCAGAGGAUGAAGCGCCAACUAAAGCAGCCAAUCAGAAAGCAGGAAAAGGAGGCAAGAAGUCGGUGUUUGACAAAGAGCUGACAAACACCAGCAGUAAGGCCCUGAAGCAGUACCGAGCAGGACCGUCCUUUGCAGACAGGAAGCGUCUGGGUGUGGAUAGGAAGCGACCUGGCACUUCCAGGUUCAGGAGGAAGUGACAGAGCACACAGGAAACGCCUUGUUUUUUUCUAUUUGUUUACUACAGCAGUUUUAAAUAAAGUUUCAAUGUGUAUUAA